AAGAAAGCAAAGAAGAGAGCAGAGGCAGCAAGCUCCAAUGUGUUCUCCAUGUUUGAACAGGCCCAGAUCCAGGAGUUCAAAGAAGCUUUCACUAUCAUGGACCAAAACAGAGACGGUUUCAUUGACAAGAAUGACCUGAGAGGCACUUUCGCAGCUUUAGGCCGUAUAAAUGUCAACCAAGAAGAGCUUGAUGAGAUGAUGAUGGAGGCACCAGGCCCAAUCAAUUUCACAGUCUUUCUCUCCAUGUUUGGAGAGAAACUAAAAGGCUCUGACCCAGAGGAUACCAUCCUCAAUGCUUUCAAAGUCUUUGAUCCUGAAGGAAAGGGAACGUUAAAUAAAGACUAUGUGUCAGAGAUGCUGAUGACCCAAGCAGACAGGUUCUCUGCUGAAGAGAUGGAACAGAUGUUUAUAGCAUUCCCGCCAGAUGUAGCGGGAAACCUGGAUUACAACAACCUGGUCCACAUCAUCACACAUGGAGAAGAGAAAGACCAAGACCAAGAAUAGAUCGAUUUUUAAACCAGUGGGUCAUGUUUGUGCUGAGAUGCCCACAUGUGCAUGAUCACGCAGAUGACAGCAGAA